AACACGUAAAGAUGCGUCUUAUUAAAAGGCGCGUGACUCCUCCCGAAGCAAAACCCUAGUCCGGUUGCCACUUGCGGCGGCGUUCUCGCUCUCUUUCUCCUCCUCCUCGUCUUCGUUGGCAAGAUCAGAGCUAAGAAUUAGUAUUAGGAAAAAUGUUUACUGCAAGGAAGAAGAUUCUAAAGGAGAAGGGUGCUGAACCUACCGAAUUUGAAGACACUGUAGCUCAGGCUAGUUGUCUUGAUUGUUCAUUUUGUGUUCUUUUCGCAUUUAUGUUGAGAUCCAUAGUGAAUCAUUCUUGUGCAUCACAGGCAUUUUUUGAUUUGGAGAAUGGGAACCAGGAGUUGAAGAGUGACUUGAAGGAUCUUUACAUCAAUUCAGCAGCACAAAUCGAUAUAGCUGGCAACAGGAAAGCUGUUGUUAUCCACAUUCCACACAGACUUCGGAAAGCCUACAAAAAGAUUCAUGUGAGACUAGUUAGAGAACUGGAAAAGAAGUUCAGUGGGAAGGAUGUGAUUCUUAUUGCUACACGGAGGAUAUUGAGGCCACCAAAGAAAGGUUCAGCAGUCGUGCGCCCCCGCUCCCGCACCCUUACUGCCGUCCACGAUGCAAUCUUGGAAGAUGUAGUGUACCCUGCUGAAAUCGUAGGAAAGCGCAUCAGAUAUCGGAUGGAUGGCUCCAAAGUCAUCAAGAUUUUCUUGGAUCCUAAGGAGAGGAAUAACACCGAAUAUAAACUGGAAACUUUCUCCAGUGUCUACCGGAAACUUUGUGGCAAAGAGGUGGUGUUCGAAUAUCCGAUCACUGAGAUUGCUUAAAUUACUUUUAUGGGUAGUUUGUCUGCGUUGGUUUUCUUCAUUGGAAAACACUUUGAUUGUGCCAUUUCCUUUGAAAAUGUUCUCAUUUUGCUGAUAAGGUUUUAGUGAAUGUGUUGACUGUUUUGUCUGCGAUUUAGAGCAUAAACUCUGAAAGGAUGGUUUUUUUGGGUAUGUAGCAGAAAAGCUUUGCUUUUAUUGAAUUGUUAAAGAAUUUAAAAAAUCUUAAA